AUGUGGAUCCCAGGCCAUUCUAGCAUACGAGGAAAUGACCUAGCUGACUCUGCUGCCAGAAACGCAACAUUUGGUGCCACAGAUGAAGGAAUUCCUAUACCACUCGAUGAUGUAAAAAACUACAUUAAAAAUAAGAUCUACUCCACAUGGCAAACUAAGUGGAAUACAUACGAUGGACUACUAAGAGUCUCUAAACCCAGUAUUCAAAAGUGGUUUUACCCUAAAGAAUUAACGAGAAAAGAACAAGUCGAAUUAAUAGCAAAUAACCCUCUCCAAGGUCUUGCUUUUGCACCUGUUGCAGAACCAGAUCACGAAAACGCUAUUAUUACUGGACGAUCUCAUGAAAGGUUAAGUAAUGGACAGUUCCACCACGUGCCCAUACUAAUAGGAUACAAUUCUUUGGAAGGAUACUUGGACAGUAUACCCGCACUAUUUAGACUAUGGAUUGCAAAAUACGACCUUCUUUUCUCACUAUUAGUUCCUGAUGACUUGAAUGCUAGAGGUCCAAUUACAGAGGCAUUAUUGGGAACUAGAAUUAAGACCGAAUACUUUGGCAUUUCUCCCAUUGCACUUUCUAACGAGAAAAUAAUGAGAUUCAUUGCCGAUACACAAUUUGAACGACCAAUUCAAGAGACUAUCCGUCUAUAUUCACAAAAAACAAAAGUAUACUCAUACUACUUCGCUUAUCAAGGACCGCUGUGGGGUAGAGUUAACAGAACUAUUGACGCUGUUGGACAUACAGAAGAUUUAGGUUACCUUUUCGAUUUUGGUUACGAAGGAUCAGAUGCAGAUUAUCAAACAAGAAACCGUAUGGUAAAACUCUGGACAAACUUUGCAAAAACCGGUAACCCAACCCCUACGAAAGAAGCUUUACUCCAAGAGAUAGUGUGGCCAGCGAAUGAAGACGUUUAUUAUUAUUAUUAUUAUUAUUAUUAUUAUUAUACAGCUACUAUUGAACUUCUGAACCAUCUAUAUAAUUUUUAUCGACUUCUACUGAAACCAUCUAUAUAA